UGGGAACUGUUCCCAUCUGACCUCCCGCCGUCAUGUUCGACUCCUGGGUCAAGUGGAGCGGGACGUUUUUGCGCGUGAUCGGUCUGCGCGCGUGAAACACGGGAAUGAAAUGAAGAAGAGGUCCACGAUGAUGAUGAUGAAGAUAAUGAUGAUGAAGAUGAAGAUAAUGAUGAUGAUCCGGUCUCCUCUGCGUCGGUAACCAUGGGCGCGCACCUCCUGGAGUCCAACUCCAGCGGCAACUUCACCCCGGCGGUGUCCACCGGGUCCGGGAUCGUCCUGCCGGGCUACCUGGCGGUGGUCUCGUCGGUCCUCAUGGUGACCCUGGACGUGGUCGUGGUGGCCGGAAACGCGCUGGUCAUCAUGGCUUUCAUUGUGGAUAAGACCCUGAGGAACCAGAGCAACUACUUCUUCCUCAACCUGGCCAUAUCCGACUUCCUCGUGGGUGCCUUCUGCAUCCCCAUGUACAUCCCGUACAACCUGACGGGCCGCUGGAUGCUCGGCAGGGGGCUGUGCAAGGUGUGGCUCAUCAUGGACUACCUGCUCUGCACCGCCUCCGUCUUCAACAUCGUGCUCAUCAGCUACGACCGCUUCCUGUCAGUCACCAGAGCGGUCAGAUACCGAGCGCAGCGGAACAUGACCCGCCAGGCGGUGCUGAAGAUGGUGGCGGUGUGGGCGCUGGCCUUCCUCCUCUACGGCCCCGCCAUCAUCUUCUGGGAGGCCAUCGUCGGCGACAGCGUCGUCCCGUCUCACGAGUGCUUCGCCGAGUUCUACUUCACCUGGUACUUCCUGUUCAGCGCCUCCACCUUCGAGUUCUUCACGCCGUUCGUGUCCGUGGCGUUCUUCAACCUCAGCAUCUACCUGAACAUCCACCGGCGCACCAAGAACGCCAACGCCGUCGCCGAGGACGCCGCCCGGGCGGCGCGGCCCGUUGCCGCCUCCGCCGGCUGGUCCGUGUUCUUCGUGAAGACCCGGAAAGUGUCGUCCAGCGAGCCCGCCGCCAUCACCGCGGUCAUCGAGGACCACGUGGACGCCAUGUCGCCGUCCUCCUGCAACGACAGUCACAUAUUCCUGCAGCGGGAGAAGUUCUCUCCGAACCGGACCAACCCGCCGCGGUUGUUUCAGCACGCGGCGGCGGGGGCGGCGUCCGGCCGCACCACGCAGGCGGCGCGUCUCUCCCGGGACAAGCAGAUCGCCAAGUCUCUGGCCAUCAUCGUCUGCAUCUUCGGGGUCUGCUGGGCGCCGUACACGCUGCUGAUGAUCAUCCGCGCCGCCUGCAGCGGCCGCUGCGUGGCGAACUACUGGUACGAGAUCUCGUUCUGGCUGCUGUGGCUCAACAGCGCCAUCAACCCGUUCCUGUACCCGCUGUGCCACAGCAGCUUCCGGAGGGCUUUCUCCAAGAUCCUGUGUCCCAGGAGGCAGUCGGUGCAGCCGCAGGUCGAGGCUCAGUCCUGUUAAAAAACAGAAACUAAAUGCACUUCCACGCUUCUUUUUUUACGAAUGCGGCGGUGCACCCCGCCUCAUUUAUUCCGUUCUUCCAUUUGGACAAUCCGGGCUUUUCAAAAUAAGAGGCGGCGUUGGCGCCGAGGCGAGGAUUGUUCGCCGCAUAUCCGACAGCAAUACAGCGCGACGCGAGCCCUGUUCACGCGGGACCAGCGUUACCGUGGGGACCAGCGUGAUAUCCCCCCCCCCCCCCCCCCCGCUGGGUUUCAGAACUUGAAUUCACUGGCGUUAUUCCCACGGAUAUUAUGCCGAGGCUCUGCGUGGCAUCGCUCAUAUUAGAAAAAAAUAAUUGUCUUAGUACGUUCGAAUUUAAUUAAAUGACAUUAAAUAUUACCAUCUACGUUUGGCGAAAAGACGCAUCCCAAAAAUUGAGGUUAGAACUUUAAAUGCACGAUUGCGCAAUGCGGCCUCGGUAAUUCUCUCUGGAAUAAGGGUUACCACAAAAAUCGGAGAGAUGGCCGAUUCGCAGGCACUGCUUUGGAUCACGUGACCUGUGUUUGGCAAAGAAAUAUGGCAGGUAGUUAGAGGUGUAGACCAGAGGUCACCAGAGGUCACCAGAUCAUAUCAGUACCGCGUGACCGGGGCUUCAGUCGUGACAUUUAUUGGAGGGGGGGGAAUAACUUUAAGUUAUAAUAUUCACAGACAAUCUGUAAGUAGGACAGGAAGGACGGUUAAAGUUCUCGGUGCUGUAAAAAAACGAUGACUGAAGCAGUCAGACGGAAGAUAACAAUUAUGAUUACGAUAUUGUACGAGCGAUAAAUACUCCCGGUAAGUUUGUUAGAUUAUGGUCUGAAAAGCAGACGGCGAGAUAAACCGCUCGACGGCUGUUCGGAUCAAAUGGACGAUUUCCGGUUCCUUUUAUUCUGCGCCCACACACAAUGUUUUCGCUUUCAAAAUAUGUCUCAUGUAAGGCAGAGAGGUUUUUUUUUUCUUCCUUUUUUUCUCCUUCAAAUUCAGGUUUAUCAUCAUCCAGCAAUAGGAGGACACAUGUGGAGUUCAAAGCACCCGAAAAAAGAAGAGAAGAACCCGUAUUUGUUUACUGUGGGAACUUUUAGCGCAGUGAUGUUCAUUUUAUCUGAAAAAAACAGGCUCUGGAGGCAGCAGGGGGGGGGGGGUGGGGGGGUUGGAUGUUAUCUGCAAAUACAAAAAAAAAGAAGACGACGAAGAAGAAGAAUGUGUUCUUGUUGAUGUUUUAAAAUGUACAGACCUAGCAGCAUUACACCUUUUUGUACAUUCAUAUCUAUGCCGAGCUAGAUUGGUCGUGUUCCUGAAGUGCAGUAUUUAUUUAAAGACUUGACUGGUUUUUAUAACCACCCAAACUACUUGACUACUUUGUAUCUUGGCUAUGAAUGUGUUGGUGUAAGUAGCCAAAGAAAGAAUAAAACGAAACACUGCCAAAAGGCGUCCUAA